AGCGAGCAAGGGGGAAGAUUCUUUCCGUCGGCAUCGCGUUAGAGUCCGCUUCGCUGGAGCAUCUGCGGAAACUCAGGCGCGCCGCUCCCGCCGCCUUCAUUGUCACACGCUGGUUGGGGAAUUCUGGGAGUUGAAGUCCACACAGUGUAAAGUUCUCUAGUUUGAAGAGAAGGAAAAAAAAAACCCCACUCGGGCUAAUCCGAAGAGGAAGCGACUCGCCGGGACUUCAUUGUCACCGACAGCAGCCGGAGCUGCUUCGAUGAUUACUUCCGGCCCCUCCCCUCGGUCAGGUCGCUGCUUCCUCCGCUUUGAAAGCUUGGAUUUUGCUGCAGUCGCUGCUGGCGCCGGUUUUAAAUAUGAACGCAGGCUUAUAAUAGGGAAGGGGAAACAAACGGCGGCAUUUCGUAUCCUCCCCUAGCCAAAGCUCGAAAAAGCUACUUAUUUCUUGUACAUUGAUGGUACUAGUGAUUACUUAAAGAUCCAUACACAGACAACAUAAAAGAUAAUGAAAGAUAAAGAUGUCAGCAUUCCCUAAACGGAAAAGAACUGCAACGAAACCAGACAUUUCAGAAGAUGAACUACCUUCCUUCCUUAAAUCAUCUUCAGAAUCAGAAGAUGAACAAGAUGAAGAGGAAUGGGAGCCCCAAAAGAAAGUCUCACGUAAGGCCAAAGUGCCAAAACCCAAAGUGCCAAGAGUUGAAAAAAAAUCAUUGACUAAGAAGAAAACUACUGUAGCUAAGAAAGGUACUAAGAAGCUAAUGAUAAAAGAGGAGCCGGACUCAUCUCUGCCUAUUGCCGUACCUGGAGGAACAGAAAAAAUGACAGAGGAAGAUGUCAAUGUGAAAUGUUCAACCAAAAAAACCCCAGUGAAGAAAGUUGGCAGCAUUAAAGUUGAACCUGGCUUGGUAAAUGCAGAUAAACCAUCCACAAGUGCUACAGUGUCUAAACAAAAAAUUAAGGUGGAAGAGUCUGAAGAAGAUUUUACAUUUGAUGAACCUCCCUUAAAAAAAAUUAAAACAGGAUGUCCGCAGGAGAAAUGUAUAAAAUAUGUGGCAGGUGACAAACUGAAUGGGGACCAUAAAAUGAACUGGGACAUUGUAGAGGUUUUGUCGCAAAGGACUGACAUUGAAGCAUGGGUGUGUGCCAAUAUAAUCAAGCUUUUCAAUGAUGAUAAUACAAUCCCUUUUAUUGUUCGGUAUCGGAAGGAACUUAUCAAUAAUCUGGAAGCUGAUGUGCUGCGUGAGGUGCAACAAAUAAUGGAAGAACUACAGACUUUAGCAAAAAAGGUGCAUGCCUCAAUACAAAAACUUGAAAAAGAAGGAAAGCUGUCAGAAAGUGUUUUAACUGCAUUAUUAAACUGUAAAACUUUGGAGCAGCUGGAUCAUGUGUAUGCACCCUAUAAAACUGGAAGCAAAGGAACUAAAGCACAAAGAGCUAAACAGUUGGGCUUGGAACAGGCAGCCAACUUGCUUAUUCAGAAUCCGAAGGAACUCAACUUACUCUUUUAUGUCAAGUCCAAUGUCGAAGGACUUUCCACGAUUGAGGAAGUAAAAUCUGGAGUGCAGCAUAUACUGGCUGACAUGGUUGCUAAAGAUAAAGACACCCUGGAUUUUAUCAGAAAUUUAUGUCAAAGAAGAUAUAUUUGCAUUCAGUCAUCUCUAGCAAAAGUGACUUCUAAAAACGUCAAUGAAAAAAAUGUGAACAAAUUUCAUUUGUACCAAAAUUUUUCUUGCAACAUAAAAAGCAUUCACCAUCACCAGAUCCUGGCUAUUAACCGAGGAGAGAAUCUGAAAAUCUUGAAAGUAAAGGUCAACGUUCCUGAUGGAGUGAAAAAUGAAUUUUCUAGGUGGUGUGUAAAUGAAAGAUGGAGACCGAAGGCCUUUGCCAACCCUGAAUUAAUGGAACUACUGCGCUACUCAAUAGAAGAUUCAUAUAAGCGUCUUAUUUAUCCCCUGCUCUGCAGAGAAUUCAGAUCAAAACUAACUUCAGAUGCUGAAAAGGAAUCAGUAAUGAUGUUUGGAAGGAAUCUUCGUCAGUUGCUUCUAACAAGCCCUGUGAGAGGGCGAACAAUGAUGGGAGUUGAUCCUGGGUAUAAACAUGGCUGCAAGCUAGCAAUUAUUUCACCAACCAGUCAGAUACUCCAUACAGAUAUUGUCUAUUUGCAUUCUGGUAAAGGAAUUCACGAAGCUGAGAAGAUCCGGAGACUUCUGUUGGAUCACAACUGUGUCACUAUUGUGAUUGGCAAUGGAACAGCUUGUAGGGAAACUGAAGCUUAUUUUGCUGAUUUAAUUAUGAAGAAAUACUUCGCACCUUUGGAUGUCACUUACUGCAUUACCAAUGAAGCAGGAGCCUCCAUAUACAGUGUUAGUCCAGAAGCUUGUAAAGAGAUGCCUGAUUUAGAUCCUAACCUACGAAGUGCAGUUUCCAUUGCAAGACGUGUACAAGAUCCCUUAGCUGAGCUAGUGAAAAUUGAGCCCAAACAUAUUGGAAUUGGAAUGUACCAGCAUGAUGUAUCUCAGACACUACUCAAAGCAACCCUGGACAGUGUGGUGGAGGAAUGUGUCAGCUUUGUAGGAGUCGAUAUUAACAUCUGCUCAGAAACUUUAUUAAGACAUAUUGCAGGACUUAAUGCCAACAGGGCUAAAAAUAUCAUUGAAUGGCGAGAGAAAAAUGGACCAUUUAUCAGUCGGGAACAGCUUAAAGAUGUCAAAGGAUUGGGCCCAAAAUCCUUUCAACAAUGUGCUGGCUUUAUCAGGAUCAAUCAAGAAUACAUCAGAUCAUUCUGCAGUGAGCUUGCAGCUGGGAGUCAUAAAGCAGUCACAAAUGAGAAACGGUGUAAAAAGAAAACUAAAGCUGCAGCAAAUGUCAUUCAGCAGCCAAAUCCUUUGGAUCAAACAUGUAUCCACCCUGAAUCAUAUGCUAUUGCAAUGAGGUUUUUAACACUUGUUGGAGAAAGUCAGUGCAAUAUAGGAAAGUCAAACAUGCAGCAGAAAGUGAAUUCAAUAAUUGAAAGAGAAGGGAUGGAUGGAAUUACUAAAAAAUUGAAUACAACGGAACAAACUCUACAAAUAAUAAUUGAUGGGUUGACUCAGCCAGAAAGUUUUGACAUUCGGAAAGAUUUUGAUCAACCUGAUUUCAAAAAAAGCAUUGUUUGUCCUGAAGAUUUAAGAGUUGGAACUAUUCUCACAGGAAGAGUUGAAAAUGCUACUCUCUUUGGAGUUUUUGUUGACAUUGGAGUUGGUAAAGCAGGAUUAAUUCCAAUUCGUAGCAUAACAGAAGACAAACUUUCAAAAGCGAAGAAAAGAAGAAGUCUUGGUCUUGGUCCGGGAGAAAAAGUUGAAGUCCGAGUGCGUGAAAUUGAUCUUCCACGGUCCAGAAUAAGUUUAGAGUUGAUUCGUGUAUUGUGAGCAAUUUGUAGACAUUUUUCAUAGUAAGGGCUACAAUCUCAACAUUGAUGAGCAUAUAGUAUAAAAAGGAGGAGCAAGUUAGAAUCUUCAUUCAAACUACAGCUAAAAGGGCAUGUUAGUUAUUGACAAAAAAAAAGCAAAAAAGAUCUAGUUGUAUGAAUGACUGUAAUCAUCUAGGGUGCAAAGGCUAUCAACUUAGCUAUAGCUGUUUGUAGUGGUUUUUUACAACAGUUGUGAAAAUCACUUAUUUCUUAACAUCCAGCCUUUGGCUUCCAUGAAACUUACUAAAAGAUAGAAGACUUUCAUAGGCAUUUGUGAAACACGUAUAUGGGUUAAUAAGUGCCUGAAACAAACCAUCAUUCCUCAAGCAAACGAAACAAUUAAAUCUCACUAAUUAAAAUGAUCCAGUCAAGCUUUAACCUACUACAUUUUAUCAAGAGCGUACUUGAUUUCUAGGAUUUUUUUUAAACUCCUAUUUCCAUAGUUGUACAUUUCAAAUUUAAUUUUAAAAAGUAACAAAAAUAUAUUCCGAUGUUUAAGUGAGUAUUAUGAAACUUUGUAUCUCCAAUUGUGGUUUACAAUUUUGUUAUGAUAGUUCAGACUAUUUUCCACAUCCACAAUCUUUCAUUCUUACUAUGUAAAAAGUCAUAUUAGAAAAAAUAUUUGAUCUGAAAUUCUCUAUGGUAAACUUGUGCCUGGGCUGUAUAAAACAUUCUCUGCCUAUAAGAAUGUCAGAAAAAAAUAAUUCCUUGCUCUUUCCGUAGCAGCUUUAAUUUUCUAUGAGGAAGGAUUUUGUCUGCACAAAGGAAUAUUCAGCCAUCUUAUUCCAUUACUAUAAUAUGAAAUAAUGCAGGCCUGACCUAGUUUUUUUAAUAAAAUUGUUUAAAUUUCAAGGGUAACUUGAGCAAUUAACUCCAGCUCUUACCUUAUGUGUAAAAUUUUAUUAGCUUCCAUGUAACUAUUGUCCAUUUUUUUUAUAGAGAGAAUUUGUCCUUUCCUUUGCAGUCUCACCUCAGUAGUAUGGAUCUGUUCCUAAAAAUGUUUUUUUUAAAGGUUUUAAUUUACACUUAUUUUACUUUUUGCUAGCUGACCUUUUUUAAAAGAGAAUAGUAAUUAUGGAAAGCAAGUUUGUUUAAAUCCCAAAUUACAGGGAGUGUUAUAUUAUCUCAACCUGGAAAAAAUUGUUAACAGCAGGUACUGAUUUUUUAUAUAUGAAUUGAGUUACACAAUACAUUGUAAUUUUGAUAAACAGCAUUUUCAUUUAGAAGAACAUUGAUCAAUGUUUCCUUGAAAAACAUGUUUAUUAAAAAAUUCAUUUGC